CACAACCCCCCUCCACCCGGCUGAGUGUGGACAGCGGGACCCCGCCAAACACCAAUGAUAUUCGCCUUUGAACAGAAAAAAAGACGAGAAAAAAACUAAUUAGCUACCAACAACACGAGCCGGCUCCUGUCGUUGAUUUCUAAGAGCCGGCCGUUACAUCCGAUUCCUUAGCGACCGACACAUCACUACUUCUAACGUCACACACAAACAUGGCGGGGUUUGCAGCCUUUUUGAAAAAUGCAUGGAAUAAGGAGCCCGUCAUCCUGGCCUCUUGCUGUAUAGGACUGAUGGGUAUUGCUCUUCCCAUAAUAAGCCCUUUCACGAAGUAUUCUGGGAUGAUCAAUGCUGCUGUGCCAUACAACUACCCGGUUCCUGUGCGGGAUGACGGAAACAUGCCCGACGUUCCCGCACACCCGUGUGACCCUCAAGGAAACAAGCUGGAGUGGUUUAAAGAUUUAUAACCUUCACGUUCUCUCCUCCUGUCGGUUGCACUUGUCAACGUCUCCCAGUAAAGAUUGUCUGUUCAAAUGAAAACGUUUCCUG